AUGAACGUACCUUUUCUGCCACUGCUGCUCUCCAAGAGCGCGCGCCGGCGCCUUUUGGAUGAGAUGCAGCAGCAUGUCCUGGAGCAGUGCACGAAGGAUCCUGCUAUGCCCGAUGCGCUGCAAAGCUUGAUCACGUCCCUGGUGCGAGUUUUCUGGGCCGACAUGGUCGUUGAACUUGAGCUGGACGCGUCGUCCGGUAGGCGGCAGGAGGACGAUGAGGAGGAGUCGACAGGCAGCCUUCCACAGGGGCCGCUCGGUGCUGCUCUUGGAGCUCUGACUGACACCCAAGGGACCUUCGAUUGCCUUGUCAUGUUGCAGGUUGGUCGCUUCCUCCCUGGCUGGCAGCAACGACCUGUUGCUGAGGGAGCUCGGGACAUGCGAUAUGGCAUGUACCAGAUCUUUUUUUUAUCGAUUUUCCUGAGGCCACUGGUGCUGGUGGUCGAGGCUCGCGACCUGGUGCCAGUACACGGUAUUGGCACGAACCCUUACGUGCCUGAUACUGAGCGACGCAGAUUCGGAUCUCCUCUCUUUCUCCUUCCCAGACCCGUGAUGAAGAGGAGCAACCUGAGACCAGCUUGGAAUUGUCUCAUGGAAUUCCCCGUCGUGUCAACCAGAGGUAACUUGGAGCUGGAGGUGAUGAGCCGCGCACCGCUCUUUGGCCUGGGCGGCGACACGCGGCUUGGCUACGUCUCCUUGAGCCUCGAUGACAUCACCUCCCCAGCGGCCCAGCUUUUGUUUCUUCUGCUGUACAGCUUGAAGCAUUUUGAAGCUGUUACCAGCUUUGAGGCAGCAGUUCUGACCACUGGCCCGGGGGACUCACAGUUUCUCGGCUUUACCGGUUCAAAGAUGAAUCCCAAAACGCAUCCAAAGUAUCCAGGCUGGCGUACAGAUGUGAGCCUCUCUUGGGUCUUCAUCCACCUGCAUGCUAUGGGCAUUCACCAUAGUCGUCAUAACCGCUCAAGUAUCAUAGAGGAGGAAGUUGAAGACCCGGUUCUCAUCAUGGAUUACAAGAAGCUGCAGGCGGUGCGGCGUCGCCUCUCCUGUGGUGCUUUCGGGAAUUCAUUGCUGCGUCGAGCAGCGCAGUUCAGGGCUUUCUUCCUGUACCACUACUGGCCCUGUGACAAGUCUAUCUUCCAGAUGUACAUGCAUGAGCCGAUCGACAUCUGCUUGUUGCUGCUGUCUUUGAGUCCCUUUGUCUUUGUGCGAGUGCUGUUCUAUACAGUGCUUCUUCUCUGUCUUUGCGUCCCAUGGCCUCCUGACGAGCAUCAGAUAGUUCAGUUCAUCCUUGCGUGCAAGGGAACUGCUAUCAUCUCGGAUGGUGCUGGGCGUGUCUUCUACGGCAUCAUCAUGUACUACCUCUGUGCCAGGGAGGGCACAUGCUCUUCGGGCGGUGCUCCGGGAACGGGCGUGAGCUUCACGUACGUGGCGUUGGAUCUUUACCAAGAGGUGCUGGUUUGGGCCGUAUGCUUCCUAAUCCUGCCCCGGAGCUUGCCGUACCUGAAUCGCGGAACAGGAGCAUCAGGUGGUGCCGAGGAUGUACAGAGGAAUGUGCAGACAGAGGAUGUGCAUCGUGGCGGUCGCAUGCAGGCACUGCUCCAGUACAACAUGCUCGUGUUUGCAAUAAGCUUCGCGAUCUUCCUAACACUGUCAGCUCGGGAUGUGAUGGCCUUCAGCUGGGACGGAAGCGGCUUGCUGGCGGCAGAAGCUUGGAGGUGGCGAGUUGCAGAGAACUUUUUUUGGGCCCGUGCGAUCUUUGGUCUUUGCAUGUGUCCCUUCCUCUUCUUGCUGCAUCCACAGAUCAACAAGCUGCUGACCCACAGCACACCAACGGGCUACACCCGACUCGGAACGCUGAAGAGGCACAGACCCAUUUUGCGACCCAAAAGGCCGCCAAAGAGCGACACGGAAAUCAGGGACGUCGUUCAGGAGGCGGUCGCCGAUUCUCCAACCGCUUCUCCGAAGUCAGAGCAGGAGGCCUCGCUAGCUGUCAAGGCUCAGUGCCACAGUGUGCAGUCACCGGUCCAGGACAAGCCAGAGGUUGUGGCCUGCAACCGCGACAAAGCUGACCCGAUCGGGGACUUGCAGACGGUUGUUCGCCGCCUGCCUGGCGGAUCGCUUGCCUUAAGGGGUGGCAGCUUCUGCAUAUGGGCGACGGGUAAAGCAGCGAAAACGGCGGUGACCGUAGUCUCGCUCGAGAUUCGAGUCGCCAGUGCAGCCGUGUCACUGGGCUUGCGGGCAGCUGAUGCAGGGCGGACGACAGUGCUAUCAGUGGCGCGACGGGUUGUCCCGGGAAGCGACACUGCUGUUGUGCGUUUCGCACGGGCACGUGCUGAAGGGGCCGAGCAAGUCGUUGUCGCGUUGGUGAGAUGCUGCGAUCGAGCUCUACAGGGACCAGUUUCUGUCGCGACUCGAAUCGCUGGUCACGUGCCUGGUGGCCGCGCGGCUCUGUCCGUACUUGGUAGCAUGUGUCGGCUGGGCGGUGGCUUGGUGCGAACCUGCUACCGCAUGGCAGCUGUCGUGGAAUCGCCCGGCGAGGUUGGGUCCAGCGGCGAGUGUGAGCAGCACGCCGACUCUCCUCUCGGUAUCCAGGCUGGCUUGCCGACGAUCGAGCUCCUGCAAGCAGCAGGUCUGACGUGCACUCUGAUCCGAUUCCCGGUCGCUUCCUGCUAG